GUUAAACAAAAUUGAUGACAAUCCGCCAGUUAUUAUCGUUAUUAAUCAUUUAUUUGUGACAAGAAUCCAUUGGCUUGAAAAGCUGAACAAAUAAAAUACGUAAUAUUCCUUUACGAUGUUGAAUUCCAGAAAGCUUCCGAAGUGGACCUGUCACGCGGAAAAGAUUGCGUGACGAACGCAAAGAGCCCGUAGUGUGGGAGGCUGUACGUAUCAGAGUUUGUGCCCGCGCGCUGUCCGUUAUUUUUCCCUACUACGAAACUUGAAAAUAAAUGUGCGCGUUUAAACCUGGUGUGUUUGUUGCCUUGGAGAUGAAUGCAUUCCAAAAAUUAUUCAUAAAAAUUCUUAAAGGGAGUUCUCGGUUCUCGAGUUCCGGUUCUCGGAUGACGUCAUGAGUUGGCUGGAAGGGAUGCUGGGUAGACGCAAAAUGACCAAACUGAACAUCCGAAAUCUUUGGGAAUCCAACUCAAAACACAGAAUACCGUGAUCAAUUAAACUGCAGCAAAAUGACGUAAUACUACAAGGCAGACUGGAAAUCUUUAAUUUCAAGAUGUGCUAAAUGAGCGUGGUGUAAAGAAGCAUGCUUCGUCGGGUUGUGGUUGAGAAUUAUAUCAUCUUUAAAGGCCGACAAGAGCUUGACUUGGAAAGUGCGUGUGGCAGUAGUUUUCAUACUCUUGUAGGCGAAAACUCGAGUGGCAAGAGCAGCUUUGUGGCUUUAGUCAAAGCAGCGAGUAAUUUUGUUGACAACGAUGAAGAUUUUGAGGUGAUAGGUAAUAACGUUGCAAGCGCUAAAGCGGUGUGCGAGUUUCAUUUUCAACAUGGACGAGAGCUCUCUCAAUAUUUUGAAAGUUCACCCUCGAAUUUCACUGGAGCAGUUCUGUCGACUGUUCCUUGUGUUUCAGGAUUGUUUUCUUGGUUUUCAGACGAUGUCCUAAAAUUUCCAACCGAACUUACUAACCUGCUGAGGGAGACAUUUGGUUCAGUUUCAGGGUUAGUGCGCGUGUUUUCUGGAAGAAAGACUUUUAAUUCUAGUAAUCCAUCUCAUUGCCAGUUCCUUUAUGUUGUCUGCGAAGAUGUUGUUUUGGUAGUCAUCAAAAACAAUGGUGAACUCACUGCAGCCUUUCACGAUCCCUUACCAGCUGGUGUUGAUCUUAUGGAAUGGUGCCCGGACGAGGCCUUCCUCCGUAAGGUGGAACUGGAUAUCCUGAACGACUCUACCAUGGUCCCUACUGAAUCUUCAGACACCGACGUCUUGGACACUGAGCAUUCAGAUCUGGCUCUCAGCGGCUGGGAUACACUGAGGUAUCGGGAUGUCAAGAACCUAAUUAUGGUCAGCCUGCUUAAAAAUUUACCUCAAGAACGUAUUGAUGACGCCCUUGCUUUGUUUCACGAGAUAAUGGGUGACCAGAGUCUGGCUUUUGAGCUGGACCUUGAUGGUGACAUCCCAUUACGAAUUCUGGACAAGGGAACCAACAGAAUUAUUCAGCGUGUUUCCGAAGGAACUUUUUCUACGUUCGUGGUAGCUGCGUUGGUUGUCCAUCCAUUUAGCCGAACCAUCAUUUUCGACGAGGUUGCCCGAGGAAUGCAUCCGUUGCAAGUUCGUCGCUUGAGAACGAUUCUCAUGCGAGAAUCAAGAAACAGAAGAAAGUGCAUUAUAACCACGACGCACUCGCCAGAAGUGGUAGAAGUUGAAAGAAUCAACCUGAUUUGGAGGUUCCAAGUUCUCCCAUCCGGUUAUUGCCAAAUAAGGCGUGUUAGAUCGCAUUACAACGUCAGAGAUUUACACUUCAUUGGUGGAGCGGAAGUGAGGGAGAUAUUUUUUGCGCGAUACAUUGUUUGGGUCGAGGGGGAAAGCGACAAGAGAUUUAUCGAGGCGUUGUUGAGGUUAUUUGAUGAAGGAAACCCGGAGCUCUUUAAAGCUCUAUUAGAACCUGGGUCAGCUGCUGCCAACAUGACCGGAGGCUCAGAUGGUUCUUUGCCCGAAUCUUCUCAAACCUACGGCACAGAUCUGCCUGUAGCUGUAGAAAACCUUUUGCAAGAUCCAGCUUAUAAAAGAAAGUACUACACCAAAGAACUCUUAUCCAAGAUCCAAGAAGCCGUCCGCAGCUGUAUUGUCCUGUCAAUCAGCGGCAAGAAAAAUGUCUACAAAGCUACAGCAAUAUGUCAUGAUUUGGGCAUUCCGCAUGCUGUGGUGUGUGACUUGGAUGUUAUUAUCCCUAAUUCAAAGGAGAAUUCAGUUCAGUCGCAAUUCAACAACUGUAGUGGACUGUGGACUACUGCAACCAUUCCUCACGCCAAGACAAAACUCUUGGAUGAAGAACAAUGCCCUGCGUCAAAGUGUGUUCAAGAUUUGAAUCCUGAACUGAUACCAAAGUUGCGCGCCUGUAGAACAGUGGGCGAUGUCAUGAAGUUUUAUGACAAAACACAGCGUAUCUUCACCUGGCGUGUAGAUGGUGGUGAGAUAGAAGACGCAGUUAGGUUGACUAAGUCACAGUUUGGUAAGAAAUUAUGGCCUGAUCUAUCUUUUGGGGACAUGAAAGAGCUUGUUGUUUGUUUAUUGCAACCGCGUAAGUUACGAGAACGGAACCCAAAGGACAAAGACGCCAGCAAGCAGCCAAACCCAGAGCUCCUAAGGUGUAUUUUUUUCCUUGUCCAUUUCUUUAGGGAAAGUGUAAAAGCUAAUUGAGUAGGAUUAAUUGUCUUGUGUAGCACGUACGUAAGAAAUAAUGACAACGACACACUAACGAUACCAUAGGCGAUUCUAUACUUUCGUCCGGAAAACCGUCUUUUGUACCUGUUAAAUGGCGCGAUUUUCACCAGAGAUUUCGACCGCCGUGAAAUCCGAUUGAAAUCGCUGCUAUUUGCCAUGCGCAAAGCAACGAAUUUCGGCGUGCAAAAUCGCCUUCUGUGUCGCUAACCCCCAACGUAAACGGCCUUUAGGCUCGUCAAGGAAUCUUUCCUCGCGUGACGAGCACAAGGAACGUUUACGUGGGGGGCUAGGUAGGAGGGAUUUUCCGUGCACGUGAACUGAAGACUGCUAUCUGUCAAGGUAACUUCUUAGUUCACUUGUCUAAGUUACAAACGCUCCUCUAUCACACUAGUAGGUAUAUUUUUUGGGGUCAGCACCGUGGGUUAUCUCUGUCAUAUCACAGUGGGCGAUUCUGGUGGUAUAAAACUGACAGUUAUAGGAGACGAUAGUCCUAGAUUGACCAUAAGUUGACAUUAGCACUUGGCAUUGUUAUAAUGUGUAACGCGCCAUUGGCUGCAUUUUUCUAGGGUGACGAACAAUGUGGCUAGGGAUGCGUUCCUUUGGGAUGAUCUGGAUUAGGACCAGUGAUCCAAGGUAACUCAGAUCUUGGUGUAUUAAAGGAACGGAUGAAUCCACUCUGGAUUCACCAGAUCCUUUGAUGCACUAUGAUCCGAGUGAUGUUGGAUCAGUGAUGCUAGUUCGCAUCAUUCCAAAGAAACGCAGCCUAGCAUAAAGUGAGUCUAGUUAAAUACGAUACGUCCAAAACUCGCGAGUCAACAACAACAAGUUAUUGUGAGAGAGAUUUUUGGGCGCUUAGGUCAGCAAAUUCAAAGUUCAAAUAAUUUGGUCUGUUGUUUUGUCUCAUAUUUACCCAGAGAAAUUAUAUGUUUUUUUUUUAUGCGUCAUCCCAACGCAUAAAUUUCCUAAGUUUGUCUGACAUUAAUUUAAUGC